AACAUUGGCGGCCCUGCGUGGUCGAAAUGGUCGAAAUCUAACCUCAAAGCAUGGACGCUUGUCGUAUGUCAUUUGCGAAGUAAAUAGAAAAGAUGGAUGAUGGGGCCCCAAAGCGGGGCCGCGGCCGCGGUCGUGGCGGUAGAGGCAGAGGUCGCGGAAGAGGCCGAGGUCGCGGUCGUGGCAAGAAAGCCAUCAAAGUGAUAGAAAGCGACGAAGAGGUCGAAAACUCUCAACUACAAGAAUCCUCAGAAGAAACGCCACAAGCUGAAAAUGAAUCAAGUGAAAAUGUGGCACCUAAAAUUGAUUUGGAAGCGGACAUUUCGCAACUAGAAGCACCCACAUUUACAACAAUCAACCGAGGACCCCCAGAACCGAUGUUGCGCCUGGAUUGGUCCCACAAGGUGAACUUGAUCGGAGAGAAGGUUCUAAAUCCCAUGAUUCAUUGCUGUGAUAAGUGUCUGAAACCGAUUUUAAUCUAUGGACGAAUGAUUCCGUGUAAACACGUUUUCUGUUUAUCUUGUGGCAAGCAAGAGCAGAGCAAGUGUCCACGUUGCCUUGAUAAAGUGUCCAGAGUUGAACAAACUGGUCUAGGAACAGUGUUCAUGUGUACUCACGGAGGCACCCGCUACGGCUCCUCCGGUUGUCGCCGUACUUACUUAUCCCAACGUGAUCUGCAAGCCCACAUUAACCACCGCCACGUCUCGAACACGAUCCAGCCCAUCGAAGUACCGGUGGAACCUGAAAGAGUGUCUGUCCGUACGAAAACCAACGAUCCAAGAUCAAACAUCUCGAUUUCAUCAAAUGUGAGACAACGCCCUUCUUCAAUACAAAGUUCUGGAGUUAGGACUAACUUGAUCACGGUGCCUAUUCAAGAUUCGGCACCGACAGUGCACGAAACGAGCGCUACACAACAUAGUUACUAUAAUUACCAGCAGACUGCUACUUAUAAUCAAGGGUUGCCCCCAAUGCACAUACCGCCUCCACAACAACCACAAUAUUACGCCGCACCUCCUGCUUACAGCCCAGCGCAAAGCUACAGUUACAGUAGUGGGGCGGGGGCUGCGGGACAGUAUGGGGGGCAGGCGGCGCCGCAGGGGAGGGCUGCGCAGUACGAUUAUAGUACGGCGCCUCCGCCCCAGUGGACAGGCAGCCAGCAAUACUAUAGAUGAGACAUGCUUUGGAUGUAGAUUAAUCUUUUAAUCUAAUAUUAAGAAUAAUUUUAUAAAUCAUAAUAUGUAUAAUUGUAUAUGUAUGUGUAGGUUUUGUAAGGUAGCAAUGUCGGUACAUGAAUAAAUAUUGUAAUUUAUGA